AUGCUGCCUCAAAGUUCACCACGACAUCAGCCUUGUCACUACCCUGCCUACAACUUUGCCCCUCCUCCGGCCAGUGCCGCAUCCCCGAGAUCCUUCACGCACCCCGCUGAACCCUGGCUGCAUCUGCCGACGAACGGCGGCCAACCCCCGAACCCCGUGCCCACCAUGGUCGUCCCCAUUGAAGCCGCUUCGGCCGCAAUGGCGAACUACUAUGCGCCGCUGCUGAAUCGUAGAUCUAGACGCCUCAGCUACUCGCUCCAGCCACGUGCGUUCCGUCACUUGACGUCGCACAAGCGAGGUGAGGCAAAGAAAAGCAGGUCGCGCCACGGUCGCGACAGACGCUGA